AAAAUUUUCUAGUCAAAAGGAAGAUGAUAAAUGGAAUGCAAAGAACAAAUCUAAAUUUAAUCCUUGGAAUCCAUUGCCAAACAUGAAAGAUGCGAUUACUAUGGAGAAUAUGAAUGAACCAGCAAUCUCACCGGAUGG